AUGCGAGACGUCUGGACACACACAAUUCCGAUGUCCUCAAUCAAUCUUGACCACUGUCGCCUUCUUUCCGACCUCGCGGACCUCGACCUAAGACUUGCAUCGCACUCCAACCUGCUGAAGGGGCUUCUUGGCGUUGGAAAUGCCAUGUCAGGGCUGGCCACUGAAGUCGUAAGAGACGAAAUGAUUAGGGAAGAGCUUCUCACUGAGGAAACGGUCCUGAGAUUACAUAGGGUCAUCAGUCACUUGAAACACAAUAAUCAAGUCGAAAUGUUCUGUCAACAUUUGACUAGAACUUUUGAAGACUGGGGAUUCUCUGCUGAUGGUGAAAUGCCCGUGCCAAACAUCAUGCGCCCAUACCCUCUGGCUGGCGAGUUACGAUCUACCGAAAACUCAUUCAAGCCUGGUCAAAAGGAAACCGAAGUCGACAAUCUGACAGUCGGAAACACCAUUCUUCUUCUACGCGAAACACGCGAGCCACGAGGAUAUCGUUUCUGGUCGCUGUUUCGAGCUUGGUCACCUUGCUCUGACCUGUACCAACCCGCCCACCAGAUGUUCGAAGUGCGGCGGUCCUCAUUUGGAACUUCUCUGCCGAAGAAAAAGGUCCCAGGCAAAGUAAGGGGUGCAAGGCUGUCACCUGCAAAACGUGCUUCGGAUCAAGAUGUCAGGUCGCUGGGCAGCAGUCAACACAAUCACACCUCUGUUUCAUUUGUUAUUUCCCCUCUGUUUUUGCUUUCUUCCUGCACGCAAAUACUGAAUCCUGGUGACUUGAUUCCAAACUCCGAAGGUGGACAGUCCUUGAUCAACAAGUACUUCCAACAAAGUGUUUGGCCUUGA